AUCAAACUGUAUCCUAGUACUACUCCCCCUUGCCUUUUAACUUGCAGCACGUAUAUAAAAGAACAGAAAAAUGACAAGCACCGCGCAGCCCGCUAAAGUACUGCAGCAGCAGCUGGCAAGCAAUCUGCAGCCGACUAAAACGAAGCAGCUCAGGAGUGAAAGACGAAUGUUCUCAGCGUCUGAUGACAGUGCCAUGAUGAAGCAAAUUCAGGCUACGCACGCCCCUGAUGGGCGCGAGGUUGAUGCCAAACCCAUUCUCCUGGUCAUUGAGGACAUUCUGCGUCGUGCCACUCCCAGCAUUGACGGUGUCGUGGAUACUGUACAUGGGCUUGGAGCGGGCUUGGAGGAGAAGGUGGCUAUACCUGAAUUCGAAGGCGUCCUCGAAUCAUCGGCUUACAUUAUACAAAAAGUUUCCUGCGAGCUGUCGUGCAAGUGCUCUGGUGGAGGAGAUGCUCACGCAACAACAAUGGAGAUAUUCAACAUACUUUCAUACUACUCAUGGGAUGCAAAAGUGGUGAUUUCCCUUGCAGCCUUCGCUGUGAACUAUGGAGAGUUCUGGCUUGUUGCUAAGCUCUGUGCUACUAACCAACUCGCCAAGUCUAUAGCACUGCUUAAGCAAUUGCCGGAUAUCAUAGAACAAGCCAACACUCUGAAAUCCCGGUUUGAUGCAAUUAACAUCCUCAUCAAAGCCAUUACAGAUGUAACUGAGCUCAUUGUGGAGUUCAAGCAGCUUCCAUCUCAGUAUAUCUCUCCUGACACACCGCCUAUGUCCACUGCCAUGACUCACAUUCCAACUGCUGCCUACUGGACUAUCCGAAGUAUGGUGGCUUGUGCAACACAGAUUAUCAGCCUCCUUGGCCUCAGUUAUGAGCACAUCACAUCCACCACCGAAGCAUGGGAACUGUCGAGCUUGACUCAUAAGGUUAACAACAUUCACGAGCACCUGAAUAAGCAGCUUUUUAUUUGCCAUCAAUACAUAGAUGAGAAGAGGCACGCUGAAACUUACCAGUUGCUUGUUCACCUAUUCACGAUAAUCCACCUGGAUAACAUGAGGAUUAUCAAGCAAUUGAUUUAUCCUAAGGAUGAUCAGUUACCACUUCUGGAUGGCGCUACCAGGAAAAGAGUAAGUGUUGAAGUUCUAAGGAGAAAGAACGUGUUACUGCUCAUAUCAGAUCUCGAUCUUUGGCAUGAAGAGAUAAUGAUUCUUGCUCAGCUUCAUCAAGAGAUGAGAGCAAGGUCGGAUCUAGUUUAUGAGAUCGUCUGGCUUCCGAUUAUAGACAGAUCAAUGCCAUGGACUGAAGAAAUCCAGCACAAAUUCGAGCUGCUGCAGGGAAUGAUGCCGUGGUACAUGGUUCAUCACCCUUCCUUGAUUGAACCGGCAGUCAUCAGGUACAUUAAAGAGGUGUGGGGUUUCGACAAGAGGCCUAUACUGGUGGCGCUGGAUCCGCAAGCUAAAGUGGUUUCCCAGAACGCGUUUCAUAUGAUUUGGAUAUGGGGAAAUUUGGCAUUCCCUUUUACUAGUGCGAGAGAAGAGUCACUCUGGAAGGAAGAAACUUGGAGGCUGGAGCUAGUUGUGGAUGGCAUUGAUCCGGCCAUUCUGGAUUGGAUUGGACAUGGUAAAUUCGUCUGUUUGUAUGGAGGGGAAGACAUUGAAUGGAUCAGGAAAUUUACUGCCGUAGCAAAAUCUGUUGCCAAAGAUGCAGGCAUUACCUUGGAAAUGGUUUACGUAGGGAAAAACGGUUCCAAGGAGAGAGUAAGAAGGAUUACCGACAUCAUUGCAGCAGAAAAUCUUAGUCAUUUCUGGUCUGAACCCAUGUACAUCUGGUACUUUUGGACCAGAUUGGAGAGCAUGCUGUACUCCAAAUUGCAGCUCGGCAAGACAAUCGAAAAUGAUCAGAUAAUGCGGGAGGUCCUGAUCCUGCUUAGCUACGAUGGCAGCCAUCCGGGAUGGGCCAUAAUUGGCAAGGGAUCAGACGAGAUGGCCAGAGGCAAAGAUGACAUGAUGCUGAAAAUCCUUACAGAGUUCAAGACUUGGGAGGAGGAAGCGAGGAACCUGGGGUUCGUUCCAGCCCUGAUCGAGAUGCUGAGAAAACUCCAUUCCCCGCAGCACUGCAACCGCCUCAUCCUGCCAGGAAUGAUCAGUGGCGUGCCAGAGAAGAUUGUCUGCGCAGAAUGUGGGCGUCCAAUGGAGAAGUUCUACAUGUAUCGCUGCUGCACUGAUUAGUAGAUGCACGUAUGCCUGCUAUAUCUUAUGUUUGCUUGUGUUUUUUAAGUAUGGGGGAUGGUUUUCUUUUUUCAUGCUUGGUUUGGCUUGAAGUUUCUUCCUAGUGAUCGCAAGUAGUAAGUCUACAAGUGUUACUACUGCUAUCGUGGAGUGAUUAUAUGCUUGUAUGAGAGGUCUGAGAUUAUAGCUCACUUACUCUUUGCAAGUUUGAGAUUACGUACUACAUGUUUGUGGUACAUAUAUAUAUAUAUAUAUAUGAAGCUAUAUAUUAAGAAGAGUUAUUAC